CUUCCGAAAUCUUUUGCGUAUUAAUUUGCCAUUUCUGUUGUAUCUAAUUCCUUCAACCUGACGGCCUGGCCUGGAGAAGAAAAUAUUUGUACUUAUGGUAGAAACUAUAAUAAUCAAAUGCAGUUCCUGCCAGCAUCAUUUAUGGGUAUCAACAAGCUGGAAAACAAGUCGUUGCCUAUACUGCAAACAUGUUAAUUUGGUUCCGAGCAAUGAACAACCCGGUAGAACUUUUCAGAUUAGAGACCUCAGUGCCAAAAACUCUGGUAUAUCGAGAAAGCGAGCAGUUCUUUGUGGAGUGAGUUACGAUAAGACGAAGUACAGGUUGAAGGGAACCAUUAGUGAUGUUAAGAACGUGAAAAAUUUGCUGAUUAAUAACUUCAGGUUUCCAAUAGAAUGCAUACGGGAACUUACAGAUGAGGAACCUCAAGACCCUAAACUAGUGCCAACAAGGAUUAACAUCGAGAAAGCCCUGCAAUGGCUUGUAGAGGGCUGCUGUCCUGGCGACUCAUUGGUGUUCUACUUCGCUGGACAUGGCUCACAGGAGACUGAUAUGGACAGGGAUGAGAUUGAUGGACUUGAUGAAACAAUUUGCCCCCUUGAUUUUGAAGAUAGAGGAAUGAUCCUUGAUGACUAUAUCAACUCUGUGAUUGUUAGGCCACUCAUGGCUGGAGUCACUCUUCAUGCCAUCAUUGAUGCUUGCCACAGUGCGACAGUUCUUGAUUUGCAACAUAUGUAUAGUGCAAAAGAGAAGAGGUGGGUGGAUAACAAUCCUCCAUCAGGGGCCUAUAAGGGCACAAGUGGUGGGCUUGCCAUUUGUAUCAGUGCUUGUAGAGAUGAUCAAAGGGUUGUUGAUUCUUCGGCUCUAAAUGGAAAGGCGACAUUGACCCAUAACUUGAUCCAAGAGAUAAAUAAAAACCCUAGAUUGACAUAUGGUGCUCUCAUAACGUCUGUUCAGAAUAAGAUUGAUGGCGCUAUUGAAGCACGAGGCGUCAAAACCUGGUUUAUAAGGAAGUUUCUAAGGGCUGCUUUUUCACAGGAGGUCCAACUAUCAUCUUCAGAGAAGUUUGACAUUCACCAGAAGGAGUUCAACUUGUAGUGAGACAUAUUUAUUUUCGAAUAUAAUUUUAGUUAAACUAAUCACAUCACAAUAUCUCAUUACUUAGCGUAAUUUGUUCUAAGUGUGUCCUGUAAUAUAAAAGAUUUGGUGUCCUGUA